AGUGCUGACUCUUCAGUGAGUACCUUCACAUCCGCCCUCUGGUUUAAUGCCGCGUUGGGUGCAGGCUUCUUUGCAGUAUUCAACAUUCUACGAACCAGACGAAGACAAACCUACACACCGAGAUCUUAUGUUGUUCCUAAAGGAAAACAACCACCACCUCUUCCAGACGGCUACUUUCUUUGGAUACCGACCUUAUUAUAUACGUCAGACAAAGAACUCAUACGUUGUAUGGGUCUUGAUAGAUUUAUGGUCCUCAAAUUCCUUCGAAUGGGAAUCGUCAUUUUCUCAAUCGCCACCUUAUUCAUGGUACCAAUCCUUAUACCUAUCAAUGUAAUCGGUCAAUUGAAAUCGGAAGGCCUCAAUCUUUUGACAAUCGGUAAUGUGUCCGAUGUACCUCGUACCUGGGCACAUGUCAUAUUAGCAUUCUUCUUUACAGUCGGUCUAAUUUACUAUACCUUCCGUGAAACAAGAGCUUAUUUGGUUUUAAGACGCGAAUAUCUUAUGAGCCCCGAAUUCGCCGAGUCUGUCGUUGCACGAUCUUUGUUUGUACCUUCGAUUCCUAAAGAUGUUCACAACAUAGAAGAUCUUGCAAGAAUAUUCAAUCGAUUCCCAGGUGGUGUCCGCCGUAUUUGGAUCAACAGAGACUUGAAAGAUUUACCGGACGAUGUCGAGGAUCGUGAUAAGAAAGUUCACAGUCUUGAAACUGCAAUUACAAAGACGAUCCUUUCUACUUACAAGUACAACAACAAGAAAGGAAUUCAACCAGAGAAUGGUAGCGACACAGAAGUGCUUAUUCCUCAAGAACUCCGUCCAACACAUCGUGUAUCUUCCCUGCCAAUCGGACUGCCCUUUGUCGGUCGCAAGGUUGAUUCUAUUGACUAUUAUCACGAAGAAAUCCAGUCGUUGAACAAAAAGAUCCUCGAGAAACAGCAUCUGGCCACCAACUACGAAUGUCUCAGUUCAGCCUUUAUCGAAUUCAAUCAACAGAUCGCAGCUCACAUGGCAGCCCAGACCCUCAUUCACAGCAAAGAACUCCAGAUGGCACCUCGGUACAUCGAAAUUGCUCCCACCGAUAUCAUUUGGGAAAACAUGAACAUUCAGUCAUUUUCUCGUCUUUUGCGUCGCAUGUUCAGUCUUUCAUUCACUACGGUUAUUAUCAUCUUUUGGGCCAUUCCAGUUGUGUUUGUACAGGGUAUCUCUACUUUGGAGUCUUUGUCAAAACUGCUCCCUUUUCUUGAAGCUGUCCAAGAUCUCGGGCCUACUGUUGUUGGUAUUAUUCAGGGUAUUCUUCCUGCCGCUGCUCUGGCUAUUCUAGUUGCCCUUGUUCCAAUUAUAUUUUCAAUGCUUUCCAAACUAGAAGGUAUUCCUAGAAAAUCAUUUGUUGAGCUUUCAGUACUACACAAAUUCUUCUUCUUCCAGUUUGUUGAUGUUGUAUUGGUGUCUACUGUUGCCGGUGGUAUUUUUAAUGUCUUGCCGGAUCUUACCAAGAACCCUGCCAGUAUUAUCAAUCUUUUGGCCGAAAAGCUUCCCAGGGCAUCCACUUUCUUCAUUACAUAUGUCAUGCUUCAAGCAACCAACUCGGCCGCUCAAAAUCUAUUGCAGCUUGUUCCAUAUAUCCUCUCUUUUGUCAUGCCAAUCUUCAACACAACUCCCCGUGAUAUAUACCAUCAAAAACGACAGUGUCCUACCGUAAACUUGGGUACUUUGAUCCCAACUCAUUCUGUCAUCUUUGUACUGGGUAUUGAGUAUUCAACAAUCGCUCCUCUGAUUCUUCCAUUCGUACUACUUUUCUUCUGUUUUCAUUAUUUCGUAUUACUGUAUCAGUUUAUGCACGUUUACGAAAGACCCUAUGAGACCGGAGGACGCGGUUUCCCUCGUGCAAUCCGUCACGUUUACAUUGGAAUGUUCACCUGGCAAAUUACUAUGAUUGGACUUUUCGCUGUCCGUGGAAACAAAGCCAUCGGUCAAUUGGUUGUGAUGAUCAUUCUGCUUGUCGCCGGUUGUUUCUCGCUGGCGCUUUACGACAAGGCCUUUAAACCCCUUUUCAAAUUCUUGCCU